CGACAAGAACGGUACCAGAAGCCAACGCAUCUUGGCGGAAGACAGAAAAGGAGGCUGGGAAUAUUAUAUACAGAUACAACCGCCACCAUGGUUCUUCCCAAGUCCAAGAACGCCGUGGGACUGGGCAACAGUCUUAUGAACGACCGUUUCGGCAAGGGCAAGGCCUCGAACCAGAAGAAAGUCUCGCACAAUGCCGCCAUUGCUCGCACAGCAGCCAACGGCGAUACAUACGUGACGAACGCUCCCAAAGAGGCAGCAUGGAUGAAGAUGCGCAGUAUUACGGAGCAGGCCGCGCUCGACGAGUUCCUCACCACCGCAGAGCUGGCGGGUACCGAUUUCACAGCAGAGAAGAUUAAUAAUGUGAAAAUCAUCCAUGCGGACCAGAAUAAUCCAUUCCUUCUAUCGGCAGUGGAGGAGAAGUCGACUUUGAAGAAGCAUAGGGAGAACAGAAGGCGACUGACGGUCCCUAGACGGCCGAAAUGGGAUUCCACCACCACGCGAGAGCAACUGGCAGAAAUGGAGAGGGCAAGUUUCCUGGAGUGGAGGAGAGGUUUGGCGGAACUUCAGGAUAACUAUGACCUGCUGAUGACUCCGUUCGAGAGAAACUUGGAAGUCUGGAGACAGUUAUGGCGAGUCAUUGAGCGGUCGGAUCUGGUGGUACAGAUUGUCGAUGCACGGAAUCCACUGCAGUUUCGCUCGGAGGACCUGGAGAACUAUGUCAAGGAAAUCGACCCAAAGAAGAGGAACCUCCUUCUUGUCAACAAGGCAGAUAUGUUGACGGAGAAGCAAAGAAAAGAAUGGGCCAACUAUUUCAAGCGAAACAACAUCAGUUUUCGGUUUUUCUCGGCCCACCUUGCUAAGGAGCGGAACGAGAGGCGUCUUUUGGAGGACAGUGGAUCCGAGAGUGAGGAUGAAGAUGCUGCUGAUCGCCUUGCCAAGUCGGCUCAGAAUAUGAAUCUUCAUGGCCAAGAAGACGGAGAGGAAGUGUCGGGUGAAGAUGCCCAAGCUGAACGUGACGUUGAACUGAAGCAUGCCGAUAUCGAAAAAUCUCAAAUGACACACAUCCUAGACGUCGAUGAGCUUGAAGACCUUUUCCUUGCCAACACCCCGGAUACUUUUACCGAAGGUGACAGUCCGGAUCAGCAACGCAAACAAAAGACAACUAUUGGUCUUGUCGGGUACCCCAACGUUGGAAAAUCUAGCACAAUUAACGCUCUUCUUGGGGCUAAAAAGGUUUCUGUUUCAGCAACUCCCGGAAAGACGAAGCAUUUUCAAACUCUCUACCUCUCUCCAGAGAUUAUGCUUUGCGACUGUCCCGGUUUAGUAUUUCCCAACUUCGCUACGACAAAGGCCGAACUUGUUGUCAACGGCGUCCUGCCCAUCGAUCAGCAGCGUGAAUUCACAGGCCCAGCUGGGCUGAUUGCACAACGUAUCCCGAAGCACUUCGUCGAGGCUGUCUACGGAGUGAAAAUUAUCACCAGGCCCAUCGAAGAAGGCGGUACGGGUAUCCCAACUGCUAACGAGCUACUCCGUGCCUAUGCUAGAGCGCGCGGUUUCGCCACCACAGGACAAGGCCAACCCGAUGAAUCUCGAGCUGCACGAUACGUCUUGAAGGAUUACGUCAAUGGCAAGCUCCUCUUUUGCAAUCCACCGCCUGCACCGGAAGGCGAGGAACCCAUCGACCCCCAAGAAUUUAAUAAGGAGCUGUAUGACAUCUCACAUCUCCCUGAAAGACGUCAGGCAGCGAUUUUAAAGUCCAUUGCCGUUGCUGGUGAUGAUGGGAACAGCAAUGACAAUGAUUUCGACUCAGAUAUUAUCUCUCUCAAUCCUUCGACAGCCUCUGGAAAGCCGCCUGUCGUUGAAGGCUUGCGAUCCCGAAACAUUGACACGGGUUUCUUCGGCCCUGGGUCCAGAGGCUCUGGUGCUCAUCUGACAAUGCCAUUUAAUCACCCCUAUACCGAACAGGGGAAACAGAUGCGCAAGCAUCUUACUGGUCGCAAGGAGAGGACGAUGAUCGCUCUUGAGAGAGGCGUGGAUGUUUCCGAGGUGAAGGGGAACUCAAAGAAGCACUUCAAGGGGAAUAAGAGGAAGGCAAAGGGGAAACGUAAAGCAGAUGAAGAUGACUACUAUUGAACUUGAUGGGCUAUAACUCGCUGGCGAGUAUGAUUUGCUGGUGGCUGACGGGGGAGCUCAUACCGGCUCCCUUGAUUGCUUUGGUUAAUAGAUGCAUAUGUGUUAGUUCUGUUUGUUUAUGUGUGGUACGAGAGUAUCUCACGGUGAUUGAUGAGCAUAGAUACCUGUGUCUCUUUCGAAGGAGCUGUUCAAGAUGUUUUGAUUUCCAAACCUGUACGUCACAUGACUUUUCUUAUUAGAGAAUACGAGAUGCGCCGAUGUGAGGGGCUGCAAUUUCUCCAGUUUCCUUCAUACUUUAUGAAAAUGCCCUGAAAGAUCAAUUGAUUUAUACGCAUGCUACCUCUUGGUUAUUUUUAAUUUAUCUGGUUAUCCC